AUUUUAAGUAGUAUAUAUUUGCCAAUGGAGUAACUGAUGAUGGUAGAACAAAACUAAAACCAAAUUUUUUUUCAUAUAGUGAACCCUGCUCCUAGCAGGAAGCAUAGCAAACACUUUUGUUUCCACUCACUCUUCGGUAUAGGCGAUAAUGGAAUAGUGUUCACACAAACUGAAUUCAUAAUGCCUCUUCCAACAGAUGCAGGAUCGGAUGCACUUAAUGAAAAUAAUAAGAAGUCCACUGAGGCUACCAUUAAAAUUCCUUUCGAGUCGGCACAACGUGCGGAGAUAAUUUAUCGUGUGCUAAGUGUUGAUAAAGAGCCGCGUCGUAAUUUUGUUCAGAAAGAAUUGCGGCUAGUGGGAGAUCAAAUAGAAGUUCACUUUAUAGCCGACCAAGUAAAGAGCCUGCGUACAGCUAUUACAUCCUUUUUUGGAUCUCUCUUGCUUUGUACUGAUACAAUCAAAGAAUUUUCGCCGAGUACUGAAGCAGCUAACAAUAAUGCCGGAACACACACCUGCGCCAACACCACAUAG